AUGGGCGGGCGGCGGAGAAGCGAGAAAGCCAAUAGAUGCGCCGCAUUGAGUGACAGCUGUCCAAUGGGGACGCUCCGUGCUAGCAUCGUUUGGGUUCCAGGGCUUAACCACUGUCCGCCGACGCCGCCGCCGCCGCCUGAGGAAUGUCAACUAUUCAACAUGGAGGCGGCGGUCACUAAGCUGGAAGUGAUGUUCCAGAAAGCAGAAUCUGAUUUGGAUUACAUUCAACACAAGCUGGAAUUUGAAGUUAAGAAAAGUCUUCCUGAUGAUUCUUCAGAAGAGGAAAAUCCACUUACACUAUUAAAGGAAUUGUCAAUGAUGAAGUCUCGAUAUAAGACUUUGUGUGCCCAAUUGGAACAAGUUGCUGUUGAACAGAAAGAAUCUAUGAACUGUAUUCGUGCUACUUUGAAUAAUACUAUGAAAAUGGUACAACAACUAGAACAACAAGCAGAUCUGGAGUUGUCACCUCUGACUAAGGAAGAGCAGACUGCAGUACAGCAACUACAAUCCCAUUCAACAUGCCAGACUUCCGAAGACAUUGACUUGCAUAAGACAACUCUAAUGUAGUUUUCUAGCAUGGGUUUUUGUAUAACUGUACUCAACAUGAUACUGAUCAAGAGAUAAUGCAGAUGAAUGUGAAAGCCACAAGCCUAAGCUAUGGAGUUGGAAAGAGCUGAAGUUAAGAAAAAUGGAAAUAGUAAGAUGUACAAAACAGGUCUUGU